AGUCAGUGAGUUUCCUUUUUAGCUGGUGCAGUCAGCCAGCCUUCCCUUUUCUUUAUUCAGCUAUCACUAUCACCACCCAAAUGUCAGACACGAUCGAAACCGACGAUGUGAUUCGUCUGAUCCUACAGUUCUUGCGCGAGAAUAAUCUGGAUCGGACACUCGGAGCGUUACAUACUGAAUCGUCCGUUACAUUCAAUACAGUCGACAACAAGGAAUCAUUCCUACAGGAUAUUGAACAGGGUCGCUGGGAUGUGGUCUUACGUCAAGUUCAGAACAUGAAAAUUCCACCCAAGUACCUAUACGAUCUUUAUGAACAAAUGAUUACCGAGCUCGUCGAGUUGAAUGAACAAAGCACAGCUAAGGUAUUACUUCGAAGGUCAGAGCCUAUGGCUUCUUUAAGAGAGAACCAAGUGGAUCGUUAUGCAAAAUUGGAAGAGCUAGUGGCGCGACCAAAAUUUGACGCAAAGCUUGCAUAUCCAGAUGGCGCAACAAAAGAGGGCAGACGAAAAGCAGCUGCUAAAGGUUUGGGUGAUCAGAUCACUGUGGUACCGCCAUCCCGUUUACUCGCGUUGCUAGGCCAAUGCCUCAAGUGGCAGCAACAUCAGGGUAUCCUGGCACCAGAUAAUGCAUAUGACCUGUUCCGUGGUGUAGUCCCUGAACAAAAGGCGGAGGAUGACUCUGUGGCGAACCAGCUAUACAGCACGAUUAAAUUCCCUGGCAAAAAAGCCUACGCAGAAACCGCUGUGUUCGCACCGAACGGCCAAUAUCUUGCCACUGGCACAAUUGACGGAUUCAUUGAAAUAUGGAAUUACGCUACUGGAAAAUUGAGAAAGGAUUUGAAAUAUCAAGCAGAGGAUCGAUUGAUGGCUAUGGAUAAUUCUGUUAUUUGCUUAAAUUUCAGCCGGGACAGUCAGCUUUUGGUAUCAGGGUCCAACGAUGGAAAAAUAGCUGUGUGGAAAGUGCAAACUGGAACUUGCCAACGUCGACUUUCCCCGGCACAUAGUCAAGGCGUCACUUCUGUAUGCUUCAACAAAGAUGGAUCUCAAGUAUUGAGUGGAAGUUAUGAUCAAACGGUCAAGAUCCAUGGCUUGCGAUCUGGGAAAACAUUAAAAGAGUUCCGAGGACAUUCAUCAUUUGUGAAUUCAGUCUUGUUUUCCAGCGAUAACUCACGAGUAUUGAGUGCUAGUAGCGACGGCACUGUAAAGGUCUGGGAUGCCAAAACAACCAGCUGCCUGCACACUAUCACUCCUCAAAUAAACGCCGAUAUCAGUAAGGUACCAUCGUCUUCAUCUUCAUCGUCAACAGCUCCAACUGUCGCGGCCGCUGGUGCCCUUGCAAACCACACGGUGCAGGUCAUCGUACCAUUGCCCAAGAAUAUCGAUCAAGUACUCGUAUGUACAAAAAGCAACACUCUAUAUAUGAUGACGAUGCGUGGACAGAUUGUCAAGACAUAUUCGCACCAAAAGGAAACCGGAUCGGAUUUCGUAUCAGCAACUGUAUCCCCACAGUGCGAACUGGUUUAUGGUAUCGGUGAGGAUUCGGUCUUAUACUGUUUCCAGGCAGCUACCGGAAAACUCAUCAAUGAGACCAAAAUUUGCAAUUAUGAGGCAGUGGGCUUGGUGAGUCACCCACGUGCCAAUGUUAUUGUAUCUCAUGAUGAUCAUGGCCAUGUAUAUUUCCUUAAAGCAUAAUAGCAUAAUAAUGCGUAACUUUUUUUUCAAGUGUACAAACGUCAUAAAAGUAAAAUGAGUAUUCAC